AUGUCCAUCCCGGUGCAGAACUCACAUCGGCGGCAUCUCCGCGGUGUUGUUUGGGCCCGCGUCUUCGAGGUGCUCCUUUGCAUUGACUCCUCGCCAUCCGAACCAGCACCGACGGGUUCUUCCGGGGCUAAGGAGUUUUUCGUUGCCAACAGGUCAGUAUGUGAUCCGUGGGAUGUUGCUUCUCUGUGGGCGAUUUGUGGUGGCUUACUUGACAAUGGUCAUGAUGCCUGCGUCGUCAUCCCUCGCGUAACCCCAGGACAUGGUGAAGCUGCUGCCCACGCACCUCUGGUCGGAGAAAGAGGCAUGUCUCGCGUCCCCGUUGACGUGAACCAGCAUGUAGCAGUACAUGGGGUCGAGGUUGGGGCUGCUGAUGUCGAAUCUCAUCCAGAUCUCCCCGUCGCUUGGGAUACCUAA